AGAGAUAAAUAGAGUGAGAUACGUUAUUAAAGAACUGAAACGCAAGCGCGGAGAGAGUCUCCUCCUCCUUCGUUCCUUUUCUUCUUCUUCGGCUUUUUCUACCCAGAUUCUCUCUCAUCCUCACCAAGCCUUGCAGGAUGCAUGCAAGUCUUUCUGUUUGAUUGUUUAGUGGACUAUGGAUCAGAGUGAUAACUAUACGGAAACAGUUCAAGGGAAUGAAAUAAAGAGUCCUACAGAAGUUUUGAAUAAUACAGAGUCAUCUGACCAUAUUCCCUCUCCUGCAGAAGCACCCAACAAACCAGUGUCAUCUGAACAGGAGAUACCCUCUUCUGUGGAAGUGCUGAGUACACCUGAGUUAGAAGUGUUGAAUAAUCCAGAGUCCUCUAACCAUAUUCCCUCUAGUGUAGAAGCAACCGACAAAGCGGAGUCAUCAAAGAUCACCUCUUCUGCUGAAGUGCUCAGUAGACCGGAAUUAGGCCUGUUGAAUAAUCCAGAGUUAUCUGAACAUAUCCCCUCUGCUGCAGAAGCACCCAACAAACCAGAGUCGACUGAAGCAAAGAUCCCAUCUUCUGCUGACGUAUACAUUACUGAGUCAGCUGAAAAUAAAAUGUCCUCUCCUGCAGAAGAAUCAAACAAACCUGAUCCAACUGAAAAGAAAGCCGUCUCCCCUGCAGAAGCAUCAAAUACUAGAAAGAAAACCCCAAAAUCAUUGAAGGGCAAAGCUAAAUUAUUUAAGAAAUCUCUGGGUGAUAACAGUUUGAAAGGUAGCAAAGGUGCUAGUAGUUCGCUGGUUAAUGCAAAGAGAAAGAGGUUCAGGAAUAAGGGUCCCAAAGAGAGCAACAACAAAAGGGAAGAAGAUGUGAAGAAAGCAAACUUAAGAAGAGAUAAGCAACAGAAAAAUGCUGAUGAACAGCAGACUGAUAAGAGCCAUCAGGCACAAAAGAAUAAAGGAAAGAUGGAUGAAGUAGAAAAGAGCCAACAAAAGAAUACAGAAAAACUUCAUGGGCCGGAAAAGAGAGAAAAGCUUGGUGGUUUAAUAUUCAUGUGCAGUGGAAAGACAAAGCCAGACUGUUUCGAUUAUCGUGUAAUGGGUGUUUCAAUGGGUAAAAAAGACACUGUGUUGGGUAUUAAACCUGGCAUGAAGCUUUUUCUCUAUGAUUUUGACCUUAAGCUCUUAUAUGGAGUUUACAAGGCAUCCUCUUCCGGUGGCUUAAAACUCGAGCCAAAAGCUUUUGGUGGGGCCUUCCCUGCUCAGGUUCGGUUUAAUGUGGACAAAGACUGCCUUCCUCUACCUGAAAGCGUUUUCAGGAAGGCAAUAAAGGAAAACUACGAUGAGAAAAAGAAGAAGUUCAAAACAGAACUUACUGUUCGACAAGUAAGAAAUCUGGCCUCCUUUACAAAUUCUUAUUCUUUUUUGUCUUUUUUCCUUAUGGAAACACCUGUCAGGAAGCUCACAGCACUUUUCCGUCCUGCUCAAGUUCAUUCAUCUUCUCUACCCACGCAUUCCCCACUCAGGGCAGACAAUCGGGAUAGGAAAACUCGUGGGAGAGCGAGAGAAGUGCUACCACUUUCACGCAGGGAUGCACGUGCUAGAGAUCCCUAUCCCAAUGGUGGUUACAGGAGUUAUCCAGCGUUAGCUCAUGAAAGGGAGCAGCAUGCUGCAUACCGGGAUGUGGCAUCUGCAAGAAGAGAGGAAAUGCCUCGUCAUUUGUACCUUUCCGAAAAGGAAUAUCGAGCCUAUGGUCUUCAAGGAGAGAGAAGAAAUCUGGCUCCUCGUCCUGUCAGUCCAGCUGUAGAGGUUCAGCGCAGAGAUUAUGCAAGGGACCAGUUUUUAAGACAGCCAAACCUUUAUAGGGAGGCUGCCCCUGCACAUCGAGAAACUGUUCCUUCGGAUCUCUACUUGAAUGAGAAAGAGUACUCAGCGUAUACUGUUGGUGCAAGACAUGAGUUGCCUCCUGCGACAUCUGCUGCCGCUGUAGAUUUAUAUGCAAGGGAUCCCUACUCUACUCACUUUAGCUAUUAUGGGGGUUCAUCACUGGACCAAUAUGCUGCUCCUCAGAGGAGAGGAGAUGUUCCUUUGGGAUCUUACUUUGCUGGUGCAAGACGAGAAUCUUACUUGGUUGAGAAUGAUCCCUUGCAAAGGAGAGCACCUGAUGGUGUAGAGAGAAGUUUGUAUUCUGCGCAUGCUGCUGCUGCUAUUGAUGAUCGUGUACAGAGAAGCUUAUACUCGGCACAUGCUGCUACUUCUGUUGAUGAUCAUAUUGGGAGAAGCUUAUACUCGGCGCGUGCUGCUUCUGCUCUGGAUGUUGAUUCAUUGGGUUAUAGCCGGAAAGAUAACUAUCAGGUGACGAGGCCUGAAGCACUGGCAGCGCCAGUUUCAUCUCGUUAUGCAUUUGCUGAGACCCUGUGGUAUGGGAUUGUGGUUUUUGCAUCGCAACGUGAUGAUAACUGCCUCUUGGAAUCUCCAUCUUUGGUUUUGGAUCUAGAAGUGAUGGGAAGCUGCUUCUCUGAUAUGGAAGAAGGGAAGCAAGCCAUAUACAGGGAUGGUUAUACAUACGACGACGACUUGGGAUUGGCCUUUCCAACCCGUUAUGGAGACACACAGCUACUGCCAUCUGCUCCAGCGCUGUCAAUACUUCCUGGAGAAGAAGAAAGAGAAGCGGAGGCACAGAAAGAAGAAGAAGAGCGUCAGAUAGCUAUGGCGAUUAUGGUCUCUUUGGAGCCUGAAUUACAACAAGGGAGCAUCCCACAAUUGUCAUUUUGGCAGACUGAACCUGCUGCAGAUGCAUCUAGAAGUUCUACGCCUUCGCGACAAGGUCAAGCAAGAGUUUCACAGUUACUACUGUCAUCAGCUCAACAAGCUCAGCCAAACAGUUCCAGUAGCAGACCGGAAUGCGAGUAUUGUUAUGAUGCUCCAAUCGGAGCAACUUGUGAUCCUUGUGGCCAUGUAGCUUGCUUCAACUGCUGGGUGAAGAUUCAACACUCCGACAACAAGUGUCCUCGUUGUCGAGUAGCGAUCGAGAAGAUCAUCAAGCUUUAUCUAGUUGCUGUAAUCGCCAUAUCGAUCUGCUUCUCUUCUUCAUCUUCGUAUGAUGAAAAUGGUAGUACUGGAGCUGAUGGCAGGGGCUGUGAAUUUGCAGUGUCACGAUCUGGUUCGGAAGAAGAAGAAGAAAAAGAAGCGCUAGGUUCAUCUGCAGUUGAUGACUGCCAGUUUAUGGGAUUGGAUGGGGUUGUAUUUGAGGACCUUGAUGAAGUCAGUAAGGAGAUAGCUAGGGAAAGGAUGUCUGAGCAAACACAAUGCAUUCGGAAUGAGGUUGAUCAGUAUUUAUCGGAUAGAUGUGUCAGCCUUCUUUGUAAGACUUUUGAGAUUGGCAAGUGGUGGAAGGCAAAUGAAUCCGUAUAUCUUGUUUUAUCGAAGCUAGCAAAGGAUAUAUUUGUUGUUCCAUGCUCAACUGUGGCUUCAGAGAAUGGUUUCAGCUUAGGGUCUAGAGUUGUGGAUCCAUUCAGAGCUUCUUUGACACCAAAGGCAGUCGAGGCCCUUGUUUGCACUUCGAAUUGGUUAAGAUGUGCACCUGCAAAUUUCGACCUCUAUGAAACUCCAACAGAAGAAGAAUUGCAAACUUACCUUGAUUUGGAGGAGCUUGAGAGAGAUCGCAAGCUCCUCCCUCUUCAAAUCCCAAGCUCCUCCCUCCCCAAAUGUCCAAAAUCCUCACCAAACCCCACCCUCCAGUCCCUCAUAUCCCUCUCCGUCAUCGUCGCCACCUCCUCGUUGGCCCUUGCUGCAGAGAUCGAGAAGGCAGCUCUUCGAUCUCGCCAUCCCCUUUGCCUUAACGAUCAAACCCCAGGGUGUCCGAUCAUGCUAUUUGUCUUCGAAGGGAUGUUGAAGAAGAAGAAGAAGAGAGGUUUAGAGAUGGGAGGGUGUUUUUCCGACGUGAAAGGUGGCAAGCAAGCAGUGGGUGGGGGCCAUCAGAGGCCUAUCAACAGGGACGGCGACGUAAACGACGCCGUUGAGCUCUUUAACCGCGCUCGUGGGGUUGAAUCACUAUGCACUCCUCUCGAGUUAUCACUGUCAGCAACUAACUUGAUUGAUCGGGACAUUGCAUCAAAGAGUGAUCCCAUGGUCGUGGUUUAUGUAAAGAAAGGAGAUGGUUUUCUAGGUAAGCUAGAGGAACUAGGGAGAACUGAAGUGAUAAUGAAUAAUUUGAGUCCAGCAUGGAUUGAGAAAAUAACAGUUUCCUAUCAGUUCGAGGUUGUGCAGCCAUUGAUAUUCCAGGUCUAUGAUGUCGAUACGAAAUAUCACAAUGUAAACGUAAAGACACUGAAGUUGGAGGAUCAGGAAUUUCUUGGGGAAGGCAGUUGCAAUCUUUCAGAGAUAGUGACAAAACAAAGUCGAAGUGUAACCUUGAAGCUGCAUAACAGAAGCGGGCGUGGAGGUACGAGAAACUUAGGAACACUCAUUGUCCAUGCUGAAGAAACUAUGGCUUCGAAGAGUGUUGUUGAGAUAAAAUUUCGUUGUUCCCAAUUGGAAAACAAAGACCUCUUCUCUAAAAGUGAUCCUUUCUUAAGAGUAUCAAGAAUUGUUGAGAGUGGAAGUUCUGUUCCAAUUUGCAAGACUGAAGUAGUGGAUAACAAUUUAAAUCCAGUUUGGAAACUGCUGUCCCUGAGUAUGCAGCAGUUUGGAAGCAAGGAUAAUCCAUUAAUCAUCGAGUGCUUUGAUUUCAACAGUAAUGGCAAUCAUGUUCUUAUUGGGAAACUUCAAAAAUCUGUGGCAGACCUGGAGAGAUUAUUCAAAGAAAGAAGUGGGGUGAAUUUUGUCAUUCCAUCUUCUCUUGGUCGUGAAAAGUUGUCAAAGGGUCAGUUGUUUGUGGAUCAAUUUAAUGAGAAGCAGCAGUUCAGCUUUGUCGAUUAUAUUUCCAGUGGGUUUGAGCUUAACUUCAUGGUUUCUGUUGACUUUACUGCUUCAAAUGGAGAUCCUCGAAAACCUGAUUCGUUGCACUACAUUGAUCCCUAUGGCCGGUUGAAUUCUUACCAGCAGGCAAUAACAGAAGUUGGGGAAGUUAUUCAGUUUUAUGAUGCUGAUAAACGUUUUCCUGCUUGGGGUUUUGGAGGAAGGACAGCUGGAGGGCCUGUGUCGCACUGUUUUAACUUGGAUGGAACUGCAACUGGCUUUGAGGAUGGGAUCCUUACAGACCUCCAGGAAACAACAGAUGCUUUGGUGAGGGCAUCUGAUCUUCCCCUCUCAAUUCUAAUAGUUGGAGUAGGAACAGCGGAUUUUAAACAAAUGGAGAUUCUCGAUGCUGAUAAUGGACAGCGAUUAUCAAGUUCAACAGGUCGUGUGGCUACAAGAGACAUCGUACAGUUUGUUCCUAUGAGAGAUGUGCAUAGCGGGCGAAUUUCGGCUCUUCAAUCUCUUCUCGAAGAGUUGCCUGGACAGUUCUUGAGCUACAUGCGCGCCAGAGACAUCAAGCCUCUCACUUUCAAUGCAACCCAACCAUCUACUCUACAACUUUAGAACAGCGAACAGUGUUCUAGUAUCAGCACCCCUAAAGUUCGUCUAGAUAUGUAGAUGAAAUUAACCGGUGAUUAGUUAGCACUUAUGUCUUCCUCUUACAAAGGGCAGAAAUUUAGCAACUUAAAUCUCUAGAAUCUAGAAUCUCACAAAUUUUAAAAGGAUUCAUCUUUGUAGUUCUUUGUCAAUAUUAUUAUCAAGACAAAGCUCUAGAUUCUAGAAUGAAUAAUGAAAUUGGACACAAACUGACAAACACACUCAUUUCCGAGUAUUAAUUCCUAAUAUCUGGUUUGGUUUGGAUACCAAAUCUCAUUAC